AUGGCGCAAUCCAAUCUCGAUCUCAAGACAAAAGAAAAGCAGGAACCGAUUUCAAUCAGCGAUGAUUGGCAGCUCGUCGACAAUCCUUCGCCGAAGAUCCACACUCAAACCAUGGACGAUGCAGCGGAUUCACAUCCGUUGGGACGCUUCAAGUAUCUUACCAUAAGCCUUGGGUGUCAUAUAAAUCAACUUGAACCCUACAUACCCGCAGUCUUUAGCCUGAGCCAACCUGCAACAAGCUGGUUCCGGACAACGCACUCUGGCAAACCUGAUUCCUCCCUAGAACACCGGAUUGCUAAGAGUGUAGCGCAAAUCAACAGGGUAGAUGGCACUGCUGGGAUUAUUCAAGUCCUUCUAUGGGCUGUGACCUUUAAGGCCCACAUCAAUGAAUCUUCCUUCUGGCGGAAGGUAGAGGAAUUCAGCUUGGAAUUGCUGGAUGGCAACUAUCUUGUUCUGUUCAACGGCUACCUCGAUGAAUUAACAUCGGUCAAUGGUCAUGAUUUUCCAGCUUUUGUUAAUGAUGGGGAGUGCUUCUACUUGUUCCGCAUGGGAAAGGGAAGAUUUGGACGAAGAUUUGGACCGAUCGCGUACUCGGACGGGCUCUCCAUUCUCGGUUUAAGGGCGAUCUAG